AUUAACUGCCGUAAUCAGAUGGCGGUGACCCGAUUAAAUUGGAGCUAGGAUAUUAGUAAGGGAGGAAAAUUUGAUUCCAGAAAUGGCGCUUCUCGAUACUGCUACUGAGUGAUACGCCUGAGUAGCGUUGUUUGGACGCUCUGCGAUUGCCUUGCAGACGAUAUGUCGGUCUUGAAGUCGGUGGAUUGGCAGUGGGAGAACGCCACCGCCGGCGCCGUCGCCGGGCUUGCUACCGUUUCUUUCUCCCAUCCCCUCGAUGUCGUCCGCACUAGGUUUCAAGUUAGUGAUGGCCGCACCUCGUCCAGCCUUCCGGCCUACAAGAACACGCCUCACGCUCUCUGGACUAUAGCUCGUACCGAGGGUUUCAGAGGGCUUUAUGCAGGUUUUUAUCCUGCAGUUAUUGGAUCAACUAUUUCAUGGGGUCUGUAUUUCUUCUUCUACAGCAAAGCCAAACAAAGAUAUUCAAAAGGUCACCAGGAGCUGUCUCCGGGUCUUCAUCUUGCUUCAGCUGCAGAAGGAGGGGCUUUGGUUUGUCUUUGCACGAAUCCCAUUUGGCUUGUGAAAACAAGAUUGCAGCUUCAGACUCCUCUUCAUCAGACUCGACCAUAUUCAGGACUCUAUGAUGCUGUAAGAACCAUACUGAAAGAAGAAGGAUGGGCUGCACUAUACAAAGGGCUUUUGCCUGGUCUCUUUCUGCAGGUUACUCAUGGUGCAAUACAGUUCACAGCAUAUGAGGAGCUUCGGAAAGUUUUAGUUGGCUUUAGAUCCAAAGAAACUGAAGAUGAAUUUAGUGCUGCUGAACUGUUGACAGAUGACAUUAAUAAGGUUGAUUCAAGGGAGAAAGAUGCAAAGCUGCAAACCCAACUGACUACUAUUGACUAUGCUACUCUGGGGGCAUCUUCUAAAUUAACUGCCGUUCUUUUGACUUAUCCAUUUCAGGUUAUUCGAUCUCGAUUACAGCAACGUCCAAGUAAAGAUGGAAUUCCGAUAUACAUGGACAGCUGGCAUGUUGUGAAGGAAACUGCACGGUUUGAAGGUUUGCGGGGUUUCUAUAGGGGCAUCACAGCAAAUCUGCUGAAAAAUGUUCCUGCAGCUUCUGUAACGUUUGUUGUGUACGAGAAUGUCUUGAACAUGCUAAAAUUGGCAAGAAGGAACAGUUGAUAUCCUCUCUUCCAUUAAGAGCUCGACAAGGGUAGACUAGUCAUUUGACUAAUUUUUUAGCAUUUAGUAUCAUCAAUCUAGAUUCUUUAUAACUACUAGAAAUAAAGCUUAAAUAAUGGGGUCGAUAUUGCUUGGAUGGAUGAUCUAGUGCAUUUAAGUGCUAUAGUUGAGAGUAAGUUUUCAUAGCAAUAGUAAAGUGGUUCUUGUGGUAGAUUAAGGUUUAUUGAUUUGAGUUGUAAGGUAAAGGGUAAUUCUAAGGUGCCUUGGGGGUAUUAGUGCCCUUUACCUCCAAACUGUAUUACACCACCUUUAUUUUCACACUGUAUUUUUUGACGUUAUA